AUGUGGAGACAACCCCCCCAUCGGUUGGUCACCGCCGCCAACACCAGUAGCGCUGCCAUUGAUGUGAACAAAGCCAAUGACAGCUCACACACCACUCCAAGACUGAUCCCAACCCGGCCUAAGACAUACAGAUCGCCUAAUGUCUUGAGCACCACUCCUGUGGCCACAACUGUGGUUAAUAGUGGCAAAAGUGGUGACAAGUUGUCGACAACUAUUGAAAGAAUCGACGCAUCGAUGGAAACAGAAGACAAUACCACUGAUAGUGUGGAACCGAUGGCAGCGGCAAGUGGUGAGCACUCGAAGAGUUCAUUAUCACCACAAAUGGCACCGAUUAAGACACCCAUUGUAUCGACUAACGUGACACUUAUAAGCGGAUUAGCAAUGAAACCAAAUCCAGUGAAUACUAUUACAGAGAGUAUUCACAAAACACUGGAUUAUCUCAAGAAAGGUGACGACAAGUCGGUCACUAAUGAAGAUAUCCGUCAAAGCCUUAUGAAACGGAUCCAAUUGAGUGAUAAUCCGAUUGAUGUCAAUAUCGAUAGCGAGAGCACUCAAAGUGCGGACACAACUGGAAGUAAAGACGAUAAACAAUACGAGGAAUUCUGUGAUCACUCGUACCAUAAGAAUCCGAACCAAACAACGGAUCCAAUGACUGGAAAAUCGCGAACGACUUUGUAUUCAGUGGACGAAGAGUUGACUGAUUGGCGCAAAGAUGAGGCGCCGCUCUCUCCCAUUAAGACAUCGGUCCCUCCCGUCAAGUCUGCGGUAUCUGCCAUCAGAUCUUCGCUCUCUCCCCACAAGUCUUCAGUCUCUCUGAACAAGUCUUCAGUGACUUACAGCAAACCAGUGAACACAUCCUCUGCCAGUGUGUCCACUAAACCCAUCGCUGAUAAAGUCAUUGAAUUGAAUAAAAAGACAAACAAUUUAAAUACGAUUGCAUCGAAAAACAAUCAAAUGUUGAACACAACUAAACCCACAAAAACGGUUGAUCUCAUUGUCAGGAAAGUUGGUUAUCUUAAGCCAACGAAUGAUACUACUGUUGGAACCACUGGACCUGUUAAGCUCACCUCUUCAGACCUCAAUCAAAUCAUUACCAAACAGCCCCUCAAGACUACAAAUAUUGUCACCCCUUUCAUAGCUACCGUUCCUACAGUUCCCACACGUUCUAUCGUCAACACAAUUAGCACUCUUAGGCCUAUUCAGCCGACACCACAACCCAUUAGCGCAGUCAAGACAUUACCUAUACAUGAAUGGUUGGAACUGUUCAAGAGUGGCAACUAUACGCUCACUAUUGAUGUUCAAAAUCCUAUGAUAUCUGUAAUGAGUCAAAAGGUGGUAAAUAAGGGCGAGAUUCCUGGUGCCAAAAAUGGACCUACGAAUUGGAUUCUCGGGUAUAAAUGCAAUUACAAUGACUGCCAGUUUGUCUCAUAUCAAAGAGACACCACAAGAGAGCACAUUAAGAAACACUCGAGUGAUGACCCAUUCAUUUGCGAUGUCUGUACGAAAGCGUUUGCUUUAAAGGACUUCGAUUCGCAUAUGUCGAGGACUCACACCACUAACCGGCUAAUUAGAUGUCGUUUCCCCGACUGUCACUACUGGACGGGUAGUAAAGAGAAACUCAUGAAUCACUACAAAUCGCAGCAUAAGAACAAUCAACACAAACGCGAGGAGAAGACCAAAACCAGUGACCGAUUGGCACAAACCAAGGGUCCCAUCCAAAUGCCCAUCAUCUUCGAGAGUUUCAAGACUAAUGCCAACAAUAAUAUUAGUAAUGGAUUGCGGAUCCGUUCAGUAAAGGGCACGGACUUGAAGUCCAGAAAUGUGGACGCAUUUGAAAACAGAUAUAAGUGCCACGAAAGCGGUUGCUUUAAGUCGUACCGAACCGAGAAUGGACUCAAAGAUCACUUAUUCAAAGGCCAUAAUAUCCUGCGGUCGUACGGCUGUGAUUGGUUGGGAUGCGACGCGCGGUUCAACUCCCAGCGCGAAGUCAAGAUCCAUAUGGACAGGCAUUCCGGUAAACUUAAUACUAUGGCUAAACUGAAGGAAUUGAUGGCAAUCGGACGAUAUGUGACUACUGUUGACCCGCAGGAGGAACUCAUUUCAGUCAUUUUUAAAGAGAAGAGUAAGAAAGAGAUGGGAUUUAAAUGCAAUUACAAUGACUGCAAAUUCGUGAAUAUAUUCCGCCAUAUAAUGACCCAACACUUGAUGACUCACAACAACGAGAAGACAUUUACGUGCGAUUUGUGCGGAAAGGCAUUCGGACUCAAGAGUUACAUCAGACGCCAUAAGUUGGCCAACCAUUCAUCCGAUGGCAAGACUAUAGACAACAAACCGCCCGCACUUAAGCCCAAGACUAGUGAGGACUCGCUUGGCAUACAAUUGAGACCAAAGUUGGCGCCAAGAAAGACAAAGCGGUCGACAAAUAGCGCCCGAUAUGGCGACACGUUAUGGAAGUGCUCUGCGCCUAACUGUGACUUCAAGACGUAUAACAAAUAUUACUUCAGACGACACGCACUCCUCAAACACCAAUCCGAUAAGACCUGGAAGUGUCGGCGAACCGGUUGUUCAGAGAGUUUCAAAAGCAAUCGUCUGUUGAAUAAACACGAGAAGGAGGCCCACAAGAGGACUAGAACUGCGGCCAAACCGCAGACAUCCGACGGCAACGCUUCUAAUAAGUCGCCUGAAAAGGUAUUGAGGGCUAAGAGGUCUUCGCAAUUGCGCCAUAAGUUCCGACGCCGUUCACAGCGAGUGACCGGACAGUCAUAUAGUCUGCGCCGCACAGACCUAACGACUGAUAGUAUUGAGGCUAAAAAAUCAAAGAAGUCGAGUCCCGCGGAGCGAUAUUACUGUCCAUUCAGUGGUUGUCCUAAGAGUUACGCAUUUCACCAGACUUUAGAUUUACACAUUAAAAGCCAUAAAAGUAGGGAUAAAUAUAAUUUACGACAAAAAUAA